CCCAGGAGCAGCGCAGGGCCACUAGGGCUUCGACACUUACGACAGCACCUUUGGACUGCUUCUAAGAAUCUAUGGAAGACAAAUAGUAUAUGAAGGCACCCACGUCUCCAAAUUCUGGCUCCUUUCUUUGUCGUCGCAAGUUCAUCCAUUCUUCUACUGGUCUUCUUCGUCACAGCUGAAUAACAAGCAACGAGCGAUCUUUCGCAAUGCUUGCAGUCCUUCUCCAGGUGGCCGGCUUUCUUGCCUGUGUCAAUGCGGACAAUUACCAAGAGCGAUAUCGACCUCAGUAUCAUUUCUCCCCGGCGAAGAACUGGAUUAAUGACCCGAACGGACUGGUUUUCCACCAGGGAAAAUAUCACAUGUUCUACCAGUACAAUCCGACCGGCGACGUGUGGGGGAAUAUCUCGUGGGGCCACGCCGUCAGCACAGACUUGAUGCAUUGGGAUGAGCUGCCAGUGGCGCUCAACGCCUUUAAUGCGCCAUCCGGUCCAUUGACCGAGCUGUACUACUCCGGCAGCGCUGUCACCGACGAUCAACGCACCUCUGGCUGGGGACGCGCACGCAAGCCACCUUUGGUGGCUGUGUAUACAUCCCAUUACACACAGGACUUGACCCUCCCGAACAACAAAACCGUCCGAAGCGGCCAGGAGUCUCAGUCGGUCGCAUACAGUCUGGAUGAUGGUCUCACCUGGAUCGAGCACGAAGACAACCCAGUCAUUCUGGAGCCGCCUGCGGAGUACGCCGACCAGUACCAGAACUUUCGCGACCCAUUCGUUUUCUGGUAUGCGCCGAGGAAACAGUGGGUCAUGGCCGUUUCCUUGGCAUUUCAGCACAAGGUGCUUUUCUAUACUUCCUCUGAUUUGAAGGACUGGUCCCAUGUUGGCGAGUUUGGCCCUGUCAAUGCAGUCGGCGGUCAGUGGGAGUGCCCAAGCCUGUUUCAGCUGCAAGUGGAUGGCAAGAGCCGUCACACAAAGUGGGUUUUGAUGCUGGGGUUGAAUCCGGGCACUGUCGCGCUUCCGCAGGGAUCAGGGACGCAAUAUGUUAUUGGGAGCUUCGAUGGGACAACGUUCAUAGCAGAUGCGGACAGCAUCCAUUCCCCACAGGCACCGGUCGAUUUCACAGUCUUUGAAGAUUGGAGCGAACCAAGCUUUAGUGCAUCGUCUUGGACUCCUACCGGUGACUUUGUAGGGAAAGGUCCCAGCAACGGCCAGGUGCUGACUUUGUGGGACGGGGGUGACAGUAUUGUUGGCACACUCAUGUCUCAAAACUUCAACAUCUCUUCGAGCUACAUCCAAUUCCAAAUUGGCUGCUGCAGCAAUCCACAUAAUGUGGCCACAUACGGGACAUCUCUGAGCUCCGAGACGACUAUCAACCUCCUGGUUAAUGGGGAGGUUGUACGCUCCACGACGGGGGUCAGUGGUGGCGGGAUGAUAUGGAGCAGCUGGAACGUUGCUGGUCUGCUGGGACAAGCAGCCCAGAUUGAGCUCGUUGACACAUCAACAGGUGGCUAUGGCCAUCUGAACAUAGGCCAGAUCGUCUUUACAGACAGCCCUCUUCCGGCACAAGCAAACUGGGUCGAUUGGGGGCCUGACUACUAUGCGGCCAUUCCCUGGAACGGGCUCCCGACAAAUGAGCGCGUCGCAAUCGGCUGGAUGAACGACUGGGCUUAUGGAACUGAUAUCCCAACAUCCCCUUGGCGAAGCGCCAUGAGCAUUCCACGUCGCCUGGGGUUGAAGACCAUCAACGGAAAGGUGCAACUAGUGCAAAACCCACAGCCCGAUCUCUCCUCUCUUGAAUCGCGCAAACCACUAUAUCAACGCAAAUGGGGUCGAAUGCCAUCUGGUAAUAUCACCCUCCCAGUUAGCGCCAAGACACUGGAUGUGGAAUUGACCUUUCAAGCUGGGAAAGACACCCAAGAAUUCGGGGUCAACCUGAGGGCAGGUGAGAACGGAGCCGGUGUGCGCGUUGGCUAUGAUUUCGCGAUGGGCCAAAUGUUUGUCGACCGGAGCUCGGCGGGCGACUCUUCUUUCAGUGCUCUGUUUCCCGGUGUUUAUUAUGCCCCACUAUCCAGCAAUGAUCUCGGGCAAAUCACCCUUCGGAUUCUACUUGAUUGGUCAUCGAUCGAGGUUUUUGGUGGAAAAGGUGAAUCUACUAUCACUGCUCAAAUAUUUCCCAAUGAUUCUAACCUUGGGGUGUCAUUAUUCUCCAUUGGCGACACUCGGAGACUUAAUCUUUUUUAAAGAGUAUCCGAAUCAGAUUUUGCACAUCAGUCUGAAGGAACUGGCUGCGAUACUGCCUUGUCUUUGCUUACAAGGCCAACUUCCUACUUCUACUCUCUACUAAGGUCGCCAAUACCGCAGGGACCACCAAGGAAAGAACCGUGACCUCCCUGUCCUUCAUCGCGUCCUGUGUGGGCAAUACCAUUGGACUGCAAUUAUCCUGGCCUGCACGAGGUGGUCAUGAAGCCGUGGUGAAG